CUGUUUGUGAACCAAGAGAGUGAUAACCUCUGGUGGGAUGCGUUCGCCACUGAGUUCUUCGAAGACGACGCCACUCUUACGCUCACCUUUUGCUUAGAGGACGGACCCAAACGAUACACCAUCGGUCGAACUCUGAUCCCGCGAUACUUCCGGAGUAUCUUCGAGGGCGGCGUAACGGAGCUGUCCAUCAAUCUGAAGCACCCGAAGGAGUCGUUCCACACGACGUCCCUUACGCUGGACUGCGACCACUGCUCUAUCAUCACCCAUCACGGCAAGCACUACAACAAGUCUCAGAGCAGAGCGAGUAUCGAUUUAAUGCUCCGGUAG